CUUGUCUCAAUCUUGCUCGAUCAUUCUGGUUGCCGCGUUUGAUCGCAGAUUUCUACUUUGUUCGAUCCUUGUUCGAUCUUGAGACCUGAGGCUUUCUUGUUCAAUACUCACAAUGAAUGAUAGUGUAUUCCGUACACGUUCUCUAGGUGUUCCUGCCACUGGUCUUCCCGACCAGUACGCCGAUGGAAAAGCGGCUAAAGUUUGGCAGCAUUACAUUGGCGGGCACAAACAGCGAACAGAAGCGUACCAAGAGUUUUUCUGUGGAGUUCUACGCAAACACAAACUCAAGCGAAUCCUCGAUGUUGCUUGUGGAACUGGUGUCGAUUCAGUCAUGUUGCUGGAAAAUGGUUUUGAAAUGACGAGUGUCGAUGCCAGUGACAAGAUGCUAAAACAUGCUUUGAGGAUCCGUUGGAGCCGCCGCAAAGAACCAGCCUUUGAUAACUGGGUUAUUGAAGAAGGAAACUGGUUAUCCUUGAGUGAUGCUGACUUUGAUACUCCUGACAAUGGCUUUGAUGCCAUCAUCUGCCUUGGAAACUCCUUUGCUCAUUUGCCAGAUUCUUCUGGGGAUUUGAGCACCCAGCGCACAGCUAUUACUAAUUUUAAAGAUCAGUUGAGGCCUGGAGGUUGGCUUUUUAUUGACCAUCGCAAUUAUGAUGCCAUUAUUGAUACUGGGAAGGCUCCUCAAAGAAAUCUUUACUAUAAUAGUGGCUGUAUUGAGGACAUCAAGACUUCAUUACUGUUGGUUGAUGGCAAGCCAUCCAUGCUCACACUGGACUACACAGUUGACCCUUCAAAGGCUGAUGGAGAUUUUGCAGAGGAAGGCAGUGAGCCAAAUGUAAAGAAGCAAAAAUCAGAAAGCAAACCUCAAGAAGUGAGCAAGUUCCGUCUCUCCUACUGUCCUCAUCGUCUUGCUCCCUUCUCAAAUCUACUAAAAGAAGUGUUCUCCGACAAAGCCACCCAUACUGUUUAUGGUGAUUUCAAGCCUCUUGGCGAAGUAGAAAACCCUGCAUACUAUGUGCAUGUGAUCCAAAAACCUGAGUCUGAUAGAAAUGGGAUGAAUGGUGAACAGUGAAUGAUGACAACCCAAUGCAAAAUUACAUCAUUGAUUAUAUGAAAUUAUAUUAUGAUUUCCUUCUUCAGAAAAAUUCUAUGAUAAUGUUGCAGUUUGAUAAAAUAUUGGGCUUGCGCUACAUGUGUGCUGAUCUGAUAAACAAAACCAGUGUUUAUAACCUGGCAGUUAAUAGACCCCUUUCRAAUUCCAAAUUACCACUGUGUUUCUCAAUUACAGACUCAUUUGCACAGGGUUAGUCUCGAGUUUGUGCAGAAUAUUCACAGUGUUCCAGUCGAAGUCUGUCAAUUUUCAAAGUGUUUGUAUUGUUGAAGUUGUGCAUUCUUUACUUUUCUGUUGGUAUUUGUGAAUAUUUAAACACUGAUACAAGGCUAACCCUGUGCAAAUGAGUCUGUAAUCAAGGAACACAGCGGUAAUUUGGAAUUCGAAACUGGUCUAUUGUCAAAACCAUAUGGAAUAUUUUGUAAGAAUUCCUUAGUUACCCCAUGCAUGUGUGAAUAAGACAUCUUAUAUAGGCAGAGUAUUCCCCCUCAAGCAAUAACAAAGGAAAGUAAGUAGUGAAUAAACUGUGAGCUUUACUGGUAAAUAGGGGCAUUGUGAAUGCUUGAAGUUCAAUUUUUAUCAAUAGCAUGCUGGUGCUAUGGCUAACUUAUGAUAAACCUUUGUAAUCACAAUGAAAAUAUUGUAUCUUGAUUGUAGUAGUAUGUUAUACAUAGCAUAUUAUCACUAAACAAUUUGGUCUGGUCAUCAAAUAAACUUUGAGAACUUCGUAAAUCCUAGAUGAGGAUUCCAAGAUGAGGAUAUCUUAUAAGAAAAUAGUGAUUUAUUCAAGUGAUGUAAGUUGCAUAAAAUAAAAUGUUGUUGGAACGCUGAAA